AUGGCACAAUAUAAGGUUGAACCAGUUGGUUUUACUAAUGUAGAUAUGUCAUCAGCUAAUGCACCUGCAUGGACAGUUCCUUCAGAUGCUGUUUCAAAUUCAGAUAUGAAUAUAUUAAUGCCAAAUAAUAACAAAGAUUCGCCGAAUAAUAAUGAAUAUCCGAGUCCAUCUGCACCUGAUAUCGGCGAGUUACCACCUAACUAUUUUGAUAUAUCAAUAGUGCCUAACAAUGCUGUUUUACAUUAUAAUGAAGUUACCCCGUAUACUGAACCAUCUGGAGCAAUCAUCGAACGUAAAAAAGAAGGUGUUCUUUCGUUUGAUCCACUUGUUGAUAAAAAUCCUGAUCAAUUAUGGCUUUAUUUUAUGACGUAUCUCAAUGAAAAACCAUCUUUAGCUGUUAACAUUCAUGGUUAUCAUGUUGAGCAUUAUACAACAUAUGAACAACGUCGUUCAGCUGAUGGUCAUUAUCAUACGCAUGCUGUACAUCAUACUCGUAAUGUGACUGAUUUUAAUUUUACCAUUGAUUUAGCAACUUAUGUAACACAACAAUGGUGGCGUGUAGCGGUUGUUCCAUCAAAGAAAACGAUUGCAGCUGGUGAAGCUGUUUCAUUCAGAGAUGCUCUUGAACAAUAUACACGUUCAGAAAAAAAUAUUAAAGAGAUUAAAUGUCAGAAACAAUUAGUUGGAUGGAAUUUUCAAGAAUUAAAAGAUAAAAUUCGAGCUUUGAUCUAUUCAACAGGUUAUCGAGCUCAUAUCGAUAUUAGUUUUCCAAUAGAAAAUCAUCGAAUAUCAGCUCGUUCAUCAUCAAAACUAAGUCGUUUUUCAAAUUCGACAUUAGUUCGUGUUUUAUGUGUUGUUUCAUGUUUCUUUCUUAUCUUUGGUCCUAUUUAUCUAUGUUUGCGUGCGGCAGGUUCGACACGUGAUCAAAUCGUCGCUGAUUAUGCGAUGGUAGCACCAAUUGAUACAUUUCUUCAUUUUAACUCUGGUGUUAUUGCUAAUGCAGCAAUAGGUCGCUCUCGACAACUUUAUGCAGCUUAUUUUGCUUAA